GAUGCAGAUGAAGGACUUUGACCCAGAGUGGAGAAGUUUCACACAGACUCAGAGAAAAUAUGAGGAAAAGUUCAGAAAAGUUCAGAUUUGACUCAAAUAUUGGAACAAAAGGACAAAAACUAAAGCGGAAUGGAUCCAUGAAGGUGGUCCUGGUCUUCCAUCACUGGGGGAUCAUCAGCUGGAUCUGAGUCCUUCUCCCACGCGCCUCUGACGCAUUUUCCAUCACCGGUAUAAAUGCGCAUCCUCCUCCUCGGUCCGCAGCCCAGACCCGCACUCCAGACCCGCUGUGUGUGCGCGCGGCUCCGUGCGUCUCCGACAGCCCGCUAUGCGCUCCGCGAGGCGCGCCGGUGUGCGCCGCACCUGCCGCCCCCCGUCCAACUGAAGCCCCGGACCCAGCGGAACCAUGGAGGACUCCAACAACACCACGGCCUGGGCCCAGUUCGACAGCCCGUCCGGUAGACCCCCCCGGGCCGGUGCCGGUGCCGGUUCCGAGGAGGAGCAGGUGGAGCUCGGUUACCAGGUGCUCACGUCCUUCCUGCUCGGCGCGCUCAUCCUGUGCGCAAUCUUCGGGAACGCGUGCGUCGUGGCGGCCAUCGCCUUGGAGAGGUCCCUCCAGAACGUGGCCAACUACCUGAUCGGCUCCCUGGCCGUCACGGACCUCAUGGUGUCGGUGCUGGUGCUGCCCAUGGCCGCCCUCUACCAGGUUCUGAACCGCUGGACUCUGGGACAGGUUCCGUGCGACAUCUUCGUGUCCCUGGACGUGUUGUGCUGCACCUCGUCCAUCCUGCACCUGUGCGCCAUCGCCCUGGACCGGUACUGGGCCAUCACCGAACCCAUAGACUACAUGAAGAAGCGGACCCCCCGCAGAGCCGCGGUCCUCAUCAGUGUCACCUGGCUGGUGGGCUUCUCCAUCUCCGUGCCGCCCAUGCUCAUCAUGCGCUCUCAGCCCAGGAGCGUGGCCGAGGACCGCGCCAACCCCACGCAGUGCCAGAUCAGCACGGACCCCUGGUACACCAUCUACUCCACCUUCGGGGCCUUCUACAUCCCCCUGACCCUCAUGCUGGUUCUGUACGGCCGGAUCUUCAAAGCGGCCCGGUUCCGGAUCAGGAGGACUGUGCGUAAAACGGAGAAAAAGAAAGUUUCGGACUCGUGCUUGGCUCUGUCCCCGGCUCUGUUCCACAAAAAGCCCACGGCGGAGGCGCACGGGAAGAGCUGGAGGCGCACCGCGGAGCCGCGCGUGCUGCCGCUGAGCGUCAACGGCGCCGUGAAGCACGCGGAGGACGGAGAGUCCCUGGAGAUCAUCGAAGUGCACGGCGGCUCCAGGGGGAACCUGCCGCUGCCCGACACCCCCGGCUCCGCUCCGCUGUUCCAGAACCGGCACGAGAAGGCGACGGAGGCCAAGAGGAAGAUAGCGUUGGCCCGCGAGCGCAAGACGGUGAAGACCCUGGGCAUCAUCAUGGGCACCUUCAUCCUGUGCUGGCUGCCCUUCUUCAUCGUGGCCCUGGUCAAACCCUUCUGCCCGGACUCCCGCUUCAUGCCCCGGUGGCUGGAGGACGUCAUCAACUGGCUGGGCUACUCCAACUCCCUGCUCAACCCCAUCAUCUACGCGUACUUCAACAAGGACUUCCAGAGCGCCUUCAACAAGAUCAUCAAGUGUCACUUCUGCAGACCGAGACCCGGGUCCGAGCCGAACCGAGCCGGAUUCAACCUGGAGGAGAACAGGACUCACCCCGGACCCGUCCAUCAGCUCCAUCCACCCGUGUCUGGUCCUGGUCCUGGUCCUGGUUCUGGACUCUGUAGUCUAUGCAUAGAAACAACUGUGAUGUUUGACUGAAGCUCCGUUUGUUCAUCCUGUAAAAAACAAACAAA